ACCACCGAAUUUGAUAACGACGAGCGGAGCAGUUUAUCUCGAGAGAUGGAGUUCAUGAUGGUGAGGAAUGAAGAGAACGCGGCUAGGCGCCGCCUGAGGACAGCGGAUCCUGAGGCUCAGGCGGCCCGGUGUGUCAAGAGGAGGAGAAGAGGCCCACCUGCAGUUGGUGGCAAUAGCCAAACCGGGCAGCAGUUGGCACAAGGGCCAGCUGAUCGAGCUUCUGGUGCCACCACUGUAAAGAGAAGCUCGAGAUUUCGCGGUGUCAGCAGGCAUCGGUGGACUGGUCGAUUUGAAGCUCACUUGUGGGACAAGCUAUCAUGGAAUUCAACACAGAAGAAGAAAGGGAAACAAGUUUACCUUGGAGCUUAUGAUGAAGAAGAACCUGCUGCAAGAGCAUAUGAUCUAGCCGCAGUUAAGUACUGGGGGCCAUCGACUUUCACCAACUUUCCGAUAUCUGACUAUGACAACGAAAUCGAGAUCAUGCAAUCUAUGACAAAAGAAGAGUAUUUGGCCUCGUUAAGAAGAAAGAGCAGUGGAUUUUCAAGAGGUGUAUCAAAGUACCGAGGAGUAGCAAGGCACCAUCACAACGGUAGAUGGGAAGCGAGAAUAGGAAGAGUUUUCGGAAAUAAGUACCUCUACCUUGGCACUUACGGUACGCAAGAAGAAGCAGCUCGCGCCUACGACAUUGCAGCAAUUGAGUACAGAGGGAUCAAUGCUGUGACCAACUUCGACUUGAGUUCUUACAUAAGAUGGUUGAAGCCAAGAGCAGACGACACUAUAUCUACUGAACAAGUACCAGAGGCAGUCGCAGAGCCCAAAAAUACACCAUUCGCGGCCAGCAGCUACAGCACAACCGAGCAAGCUCCCUUCUCGCUCAAAAAUCCUUUUGCCUCUGAUUACGUACACUCUCCUCGAAAGCAAGAAGUCAUCCCCAGCAGCAAAUCAUCUUCUCCCACUGCGCUUGGCCUACUCCUCCAGUCUUCAGUAUUCAGAGAACUGGUUCAGAAGAACUCAAGUUUCUCAGAUGAUGACAGCACUGACAGCGAAGAACCAAAGAACCAACUGCAGGCUGGUAGCAAUGAUGAGUUCGGUGGAAUAAUCUAUGACGGAGUUGGUGGCAGCCCUUUUGUUUGCUCUUCCAACACUGAUGAAAACUUUACAUGGAAUAGCUUUACAAGCACGAUUUUCGCUUAGUCAAUCAACAAAACCGAGUGCCUCAGACUCUCAGUGUUUAUUUUCUUAGACACAAACAAAACCAAACAGAACUUGUUCAUACUUGUAAAUAGCAGAAAUGCAGCAUCAACAGUAAAUAGCACGAUAUUUGGUGCUGCAUUUCGUUGUAAAUUAGACCGCAUAAAGCAUUGCUUGCAUGUAAAAUUCUCCAUAACAUCGAAUGUACAAACUCUUUCGGAUUUUCCAUCUCCUUCGUUUGUGGAUUUCAGAACUUUUCGACAUGAUCAUCCUUAAGAAGUAAAGGCAGGACAAGAUGCAUUGGCGAAGUCCCUAAAGCAGAGUCAUCCGACAUCUGCAACAUCGUUGGCACUACCAGUAACAAUUCGAUUCCCGUUGAGAGCCAGGGCCAAGCUCGUGAUAUCACAGAUCGAAAAUUUCAACACGAGCAGAGCAAUUUUAAUUGUAAAUGUUCCAUAUAUAAUAUUACUUCAAAUCAAAACAAAAACAAAAACUACAUAUUGUUGAUCACCAAAAAGAACAAAACUAAAAGUUUCUGAAAGCCUAUCAUAUGAAAUUGCCUGCAACAUGUUAUGAUGUGUUGCUGUUACUUUUGUCAUCAAUCCCCAUCGCUCGAAUGCUAUAAGGCCAUCAUACAUUCCGUAGCACUUCUUGAAUAAUUAGCCAGGUAUUCAAAAACCUUGGAGAAUCCUUCCUUUUCUUUAGCUUAUGCUCCUCGACUUGUCGAAUCAUUAGCUCCCUGACAUCAUUCCCAAACUCUGUCAUGGCGGCAGACGUCACAUAUUUAUAUGGAAGUUUAUUCAAACAAGCUAACAAAUGAUGAUACAGCGAAGGCGUGUCGUUCUUAGCAGCAGGAAACUUGAAUAGCCCGUCAUUAAGAGCUUCAACACAGGCCUUCAGUGAAGAGACAUAUGAUGUAAAGCAAGCACACGAUUUUGGAAUUUCUGUUUCGAGCUUAGAGUAGGUAGUAAGCUGGUGUGGCCGUGUGUGUCGCUGCAGAACACUUCGUAGGGCACUUUUACUGUCUCCAUGAUUCUCUUUUCGGCCUCAUGAUACUCCGACACGAUUCUCAUAUUUCUCAUUAGGCAGUGAAACAAGGCAGCAAGUUGUGGCCUCAUCUCUUUAUCUGUUAGCCACUGAAUUUCAGAGUACUGUACUUCUCAAUUCUUUCAUGGAUUCACUUGCUCAUGUAGUUCCCCUCAGCGUGAACAAAUGACCCGUGAUUGUCUUUGUCUCAUUGCCAUCAGAAACACCGCUAUUGAAAUGAUAUUUUGAAGAAGCUUUGGAGCUUGAUCUAUGGACAUUUUCGGAGGAACAUCUAGACAAGGUGGAGCGUUUUAGCGGCAGUGAACGAAUGAGCUUGUUUGGGUCGUUUUGCGUCAUCACUGAACGCUCGAGCUUGUUCAAGUUUUCUUCGAUCUCCUCCAAUUUUCUCCACAGAAGAUUGUAUUUGAUCCAUAUUGGCAUCAAGCGUCUUAGAAACCUCUCAACAAGGACCUGCGGCCUGCCUCGAUGCUACGACACCUCCUGUGAAGAAGAACCAAAGACGACGACACUUAACAUUACUCAAAAUGUGUUCAUCUAGUUAGUCGUGUAAUUUUUUAUACGAAACUUUACAUUAUUCAACACACCCUUUCACGUGAAACCAUUCUUU